AGCGCAGUGAUGCCAACAUGAUGUUUCACUCAGACCAAAUGUGGAACUGUCAUUGGAAACGGAAGCCGUGUUCUCUUUUGUUCUUACUGGCUUUAUGUAUUGUGUAUGUUCCUCUUUCAACGUGGGGAUGUGCCAACUGCAGGGUUGUCCUGUCCAGCCCUUCUGGGACGUUUACUUCUCCAUGCUACCCUAACGACUACCCUAACAGCCAAGCUUGCUUGUGGACCCUGCGAGCCCCCACCGGCUAUAUCAUUCAGAUAACGUUUAAUGAUUUCGACAUUGAAGAAGCUCCCAAUUGCAUUUAUGACUCAUUAUCCCUUGAAAAUGGAGAGAGCCAGACUAAAUUUUGUGGAGCAACUGCCAAAGGCCUAUCAUUUAACUCAAGUGUGAAUGAGAUGCAAGUGUCCUUUUCAAGCGACUUUAGCAUCCAGAAGAAAGGUUUCAAUGCCAGCUACAUCAGAGUUGCUGUGUCCUUAAGGAACCAGAAGGUCAUUUUACCCCAGAUGCUAGAUAGUUAUCAGGUAUCUGUUGCCAAAAGUGUCUCUAUUCCAGAACUCAGCGCUUUCACUCUCUGUUUUGAAGCAACCAAAAUUGGCAAGGAAGACCAUGAAUGGAUAGUUUUCUCCUACUCAAAUGCAUCUUUCAUACAGUUGCUUAGCUUUGGAAAGGCCAAGAAUGGCUACUUUAUUUCUAUUUCUGGCUCAAAAUGCUUCCUAAACAGCGUGUUACCUGUGAAGGAUAAAGAAGACAUUUUCACAGAAAGCUUUGAGCAGCUCUGCAUCAUUUGGAAUAAUUCUCUGGGUUCUGUUGGUGUAAAUUUCAAAAGAAACUAUGAAGAAGUUCCAUGCGAUUCUACCAUCAGUGAAGUUAUUCCUGGAAAUGGGAAGUUGUUGUUAGGCUCCCAGCACAAUGAGAUUGCCUCCCUAAAAGGGGACAUUUAUAACUUUCGACUCUGGAAUUUUACCAUGAAUUCCAAAGUCCUCUCCAACCUCAGCUGCCAUGUGAAAGGGAAUGUGGUUGACUGGCAAAAUGACUUCUGGAAUAUCCCCACCCUAGCUCUGAAAGCAGAAAGCAACCUAAGCUGUGGUUCCUACCUGAUCCCACUCCCAGCAGCAGAACUAGCCAGCUGUGCCGAUUUGGGGACCCUCUGCCAAGCUACUGUAGACUCUUCUAGUACUACACCACCCACUGUCACCACUAACAUGCCUGUUACUAAUAGAAUCGCUAAGCAAAGCAAUGAUGGAAUUGUCUAUAGAAUUUCCAUAGUGAUGCAAAAUAUCCUUGGUCACCCUGAGGUUAAAGUGCAGAGCAAGAUAGCAGAAUGGCUCAAUUCAACCUUCCAAAAUUGGAACUACACUGUUUUUGUGGUUAAUAUCAGUUUUCACCUGAACACGGGAGAGGACAAGAUUAAAGUCAAGAGAAGCAUUGUGAAUGAUCAAAGGUUGGUGAUUUUGGCCCUUCUAGUUUACAAUGCUACCAACAAUGCCAAUUUAGAAGGAAAAGACAUUGAACGGAAGCUCUUAAAAAAUAACGAGUCCCUGGAUGAGGGCUUGAGGCUGUAUACAGUGAGUGUGAGGCAACUGGGUUUUUGUCUUGCUGAUGAGGAUCCCAAAGGCUAUUACUGGCCAGACAUCCAACCUUCUGUAUACAUCCAACCCUGUAUAGGGAAACAGGGCUUUUUUGCUUCACGGACAUGUUAUCUUGAGGCUGCCAACAAAUCUGUAGCCUACUGGGGGCCUCCUGAUCUCUCCAAUUGUUCAAAGGAAGCAAAUGAAGUGGCCAAUGAAAUUUUAAAUUUAACCAGCGAUGGGCAGACCUUAAACUCAGCCAAUAUUACCAGAAUUGUAGAACAGGUCAAAAGGAUUGUGAAUAAAGAAGAAAACAUUGAUAUAAUGCUUGGUUCAACUUUAAUGAAUAUAUUUUCCAAUAUCUUAACCAGUCCAGACAGUGACUUGCUUGAGUCUUCUUCUGAAGCUUUAAAAACAAUUGACAAAUUGGCCUUCAAGAUAGACCUAAGUAGCACAUCCCAUGUGAAUAUUACAACUCGGAAUUUGGCCCUUGGAGUAUCAUCCCUGUCCCCAGAGACAAAUGAAAUUUCAAAUUUUAGCAUCAGUCUUCCAAGCAAUAAUGAAUCCUAUUUCCAGAUGGAUUUUGAGAGUGGACAAAUGGAUCCAUUGGCUUCUGUAAGUUUGCCUCCCAACUUACUUGAGAAUUUAAGUCAAGAAGAUUCUGUAUUAGUUAAAAGAGCACAGUUUACUUUCUUCAAUAAAACUGGACUUUUCCAGGAUGUAGAAACCAAGAAAUACACCUUAGUGAGUUAUGUGAUGGCAUGCAGUAUUGGAAACAUGACUAUCCAGGGUCUGAAGGAUCCUGUUCGAAUUAAAAUCAAACAUAUGAGAAACCAGGCAGUGCUUCAUCCCAUCUGUGCCUUCUGGGAUCUGAACAAAAACGAAGGUUCUGGAUUUUGGAACACUUCAGGAUGUGUGACACAGAGAAAUUCAGAUGAGAGCGAGACUGUCUGCUUAUGUAACCACCUAACGCACUUUGGAGUUCUGAUGGACCUUCAAAGAACUGCCUCUCAGUUAGAUGCAAGAAACACCAAAGUUCUCACCCUCAUCACCUAUAUUGGGUGUGGGAUAUCUGCUAUCUUUUCAGCAGCCACUCUCCUGACAUAUGUUGCAUUUGAAAAGUUGCGAAGGGACUAUCCCUCCAAAAUCCUGAUGAACUUGAGUACAGCCCUGUUGUUCUUGAACCUCCUUUUCCUCUUGGAUGGCUGGAUCACCUCAUUUCAUGUGGAUGGCCUUUGCACGGCCGUUGCAGCCCUGCUCCAUUUCUUCCUUCUUGCAACCUUUACCUGGAUGGGGCUGGAAGCAAUUCACAUGUACAUUGCCCUGGUUAAAGUAUUUAACACUUACAUUCGCAGAUACAUACUGAAAUUCUGCAUCGCUGGCUGGGGUCUGCCUGGCUUUGUCGUGUCCAUUGUUCUGGUAAGCAGAAACCAAAAUGAGGUCUACGGAAAAGAUACUUAUGGAAAAGGACAGGGGGAUGAAUUCUGUUGGAUUCGGGAUCCAGUCGUCUUUUAUGUGACCUGCGCUGGGUACUUUGGAGUCAUGUUUUUCCUGAAUGUUGCCAUGUUCAUCGUGGUGAUGGUGCAAAUCUGUGGGAGGAAUGGCAAAAGAAGCAACCGGACCCUGCGUGAAGAGGUUUUAAGGAACUUGCGCAGUGUGGUCAGCCUGACAUUUCUGCUGGGCAUGACAUGGGGUUUUGCUUUCUUUGCCUGGGGACCCUUAAAUGUCCCUUUUAUGUACCUGUUCUCCAUCUUCAAUUCAUUACAAGGCUUAUUUAUAUUUAUUUUCCACUGCGCUAUGAAGGAGAAUGUUCAGAAACAGUGGAGGCGGCAUCUCUGCUGCGGGAGACUUCGGUUAGCAGAUAACUCAGACUGGAGCAAGACAGCCACCAAUAUCAUUAAGAAAAGUUCUGAUAACCUAGGAAAAUCUUUGUCCUCAAGCUCCAUUGGGUCCAACUCAACCUACCUUACAUCCAAAUCUAAAUCCAGCUCUACUACUUACUUCAAAAGGAAUAGCCACACUGACAACGCUUCCACGGACAAAUCCUUGUCAAAAUUGACCCGUGCUGAUGGAGAACAAACGUCAAUCAUCCCUGUCCACCAGGUCAUUGAUAAGGUCAAGGGUUACUGCAAUGCUCAUUCAGAUAACUUCUAUAAAAAUAUUAUCAUGUCAGACAACUUCAGCCACAGCACAAAGUUUUAAUGUUGUUAGUAUGCCAGAGAAGAAUCCAUCUACGUGACAUGAAGCUCUGCAGCAGUGAAAACCGUGACAAGCACACAGGAACGUGCUGUGACCUUGGUAACUGGAUAUACGUGUAUGAGGAAUGUACUUUGUUAAGAAGGCUUUUAUGAAAUUUAAAAUAUCUGUCUUUUCAGUGCAUUUCUUCCAUGGGAGCGUUUUGAUCAUCACUAAAACUUUAGUACUGAGAGCAACAUGACCCAGUAGCUGCAGGGGAUAUGAUUUUUUUUAAAUCUGUAAUUG